CAUCUCAUCCCAUAUCCGAGCACUAUAUAAGGUCUGCCCCUUCUCAAGUUGUCAGUCUCGUCAAGAACUCCACCAGACCUCCAUCAUGAAGUUUGUUGCUCUCGCUGUCACCUUGCUGCUGGCGGUUGGGUCUCAGGCUGCUUCGCUGCAGUCUGACGCACCCAGCGCCGUAGCCCAUGCCCGGGCUGCUCUGGACGUCUAUUUGACCGAAGUGAAAGAAAGUGCCCAAAGAGCCCUGGGUCAACUUGAUGAUACAGAGUACAAAGAAUUCAAAGACUUAAUCAGUUCGCGCAUAGAGGAGUUGCACACUCAGCUCAAAGUUGUGCAAGGUUCCAUUUCUCCCAUCACCGACGGUGUGGUUGCUACAAUCUCUGAACUGACUCAAGAUUUCCAAACUAAGGUCAACGCUGAUAUUGAUACCUUGAAGGUGCAACUCAAGCCACUGAAUGCAAAACUGCACGACGUUGUUAACAAGCACGUUGAAGAGUACCGUACACUUCUGGAGCCUGUGGUCACAGAGUACCAGGCCAAGCAUGAGGCCGAAAUGGCGAGUCUGAAAGCCAAGCUGGAGCCCGUCAUGGAAGAGCUGCAGAAAAAGAUAGCUGUCAACGUUGAGGAGACCAAGAGUGCUCUCACGCCCAUCAUUGAAGCUGUGCGUGAAAAGGUUACUCACCGCCUGGAGGAUCUGAAAGAAAUUGCAGCACCUUAUGUGCAGGAAUACAAAGACCAGAUGCAAACCGCCUACAAACAAGCAAAAUCCGUCACAGCAGAAGACCUCGCUGCCAUGAAAGAGAAGAUAAACCCUCUUGUUGAAGAUGUCAAGGCGAAACUCCAAACUAUCUUCCAGACCAUCUUUGAAACCUUCAACGGAAAGGCAGAAGAUUCAUGAAUACAUACACACUUAGCACAGGCGUGCUUUCGUUGUCACAAACCAAGGCCAGUUACUGACCUUUUUUUUUUGUCUAUGUAUUCAUUGUAACUGGGUUAUCACGAGCGGAUCUGUGAUGACGGAUGUCUCAUGAAAACUGCUUGGGCAAAAGACAGCUGAAUAAACAUCUUCCUGUUUAUGAAACCUUU